AUGCAAACUACUCAAACGCCAUUUAUAGCCACAUCAUCGAUUCCUCAUACUUCGAUUCAAGGUGAUGCAGCAACACGUCGAUUUGGAAUAGUUUUUCUCAGUACAUUAGCAGUUUUGACAAUAGGCGCUGGGGUCGGCAUCGGUGUUGGAAAUCUCGCUCAUUAUAAAUAUUUUGGUCCGAAUAACAAUACAAACAUUAGUAGUGCAGCUCUGUAUAAUUUAACCGCAUACGCUCUUCCAAUUCAAGAAAAUAUAUCAGCAGCAGUACCAGUCGUGACGCACGUCAAACGGCGAGAAUCUUGGCAAUCGUGGUUGUUUGAACAACUUCUUUCAUCGAAUAAUGGUAGUGAAGUUAAUUGA